AUGCGUAAGAACGCCAAACAGCAACAGUGUGGUAUCACUGUAGCUGGAGGAAAUCGAAAAGGCAAUGGAAUCAAUCAACUCUCAGACCCAUGUGGUUUGUAUGUUGAUGAUGAUCAAACAAUCUAUGUUGCUGAUCAAUCAAAUCAUCGCAUUGUGGAAUGGAAACGAGGUGCAACAAGUGGCCAAGUGGUUGCCGGUGGAAAUGGACAAGGAAGUGGAGAUCAUCAAUUGGAUAACCCAAGAGAUGUGAUUAUCGACAAAGAGAGAGAUAGUCUCAUCAUAUGCGAUUAUUCGAAUAGAAGAGUGGUUCGAUGGCCUCGUCGAAAUGGGACAAGUGGAGAAACAAUCAUCUCCAACAUCUCAUGUGUGGGUUUGACAAUGGACGAGAAUGGAUCUCUCUAUGUCACUGAUGUUGGAAAAAAUGAAGUGAGACGAUAUCAAAGAGGAGAAUCUCAAGGAACAGUGGUUGCAGGUGGCAAUGGAAGUG